AUGGCCACUAGCAUCUUGUCAAAGAGGUGGAAGCUCCUUUGGAGUCUGGUACCAAAACUCGAAAUCAACAAAUUAGAAUUAUUCUGUGAAACUGCAGAUCAUUUUUCCAGAUUUUUGGAUCUACACAAAGCACCGUACCUCCAGACUUGUCGCAUUACAUACGACUUUGCUGAUUGCUGUUCCGAUCUUGUUGAUACAUGGGUUAACAAUGUUGCUGCGCGUGAAGUGGAAGAACUCGAUCUUGUGAUUAACCGUGAUAAUGACGAAUGGAAACCUUUGGAGUUGCCUCAUAGAGUUUAUUAUUGCAAGACAUUAGUGGUUCUGAAGUUACUAGGCAGAAUUAUGAUUGAUCCUCCUCCGUCGUUUCAAUUCCCAAGCCUAAAGAAACUUGGUCUAUUCCGUCUUGCUUAUAAAUCCAACUCUUUUUUUAGGCUCCUCUCUGGCUGCCCUGUACUUGAAGAUUUGUCAUUUGAAAGAGAAUAUUCAGAGGGUGUUAACAAUUACAAAAUAUGCGUACCUACGCUGAAAAGUUUAAGUAUAUCUCAAUAUGAUUGUGUACAAUUUGACUACGAUAAUGAGAUAAACCCAGACAAUGAACUUAAUUACAAACUUGAGAUACACGCCCCAGCUAUUGAGUACUUUCAAUUUAAUGGUCAUUUGGGCGAUAUCAUUUUCCUUAAAGAACUAGGUAACUUAGUUCAUGCAGAUAUUAAUAUUUGUACAUUUGAAGCUGGAGAGCAUUGGGAGGAGGAAUGUUAUGCAGAUAGGGUAUUCAAGCUUCUUGACACACUCUAUAAUGCCAAAUUACUGUCAUUUUUUUCUGGUUACUCAAAGUGUCUCAGCAAUGGUUGUACUUAUCCCUCCCAAUUCCAAAAUUUGGAACAAUUAGACUUUAUAGUGAAUACGUGGAACUGGCAUAUGCUACAAGCCUUGCUCAAAAAUUCUCCUAAUCUAAAAGUUCUUGAUGUUACUAAUAAGUUAUGCUGGAAGAAGUCACCAGCUGAUCCUGUUUGUCUGUCAUCACACCUUGAAACUUUUUAUUUUAAUGAAGUUAAAGGUUUGGAACAUGAAAUGGAAUUUGUAAAAUACAUUCUAAAAGAGGCAAGUAUCUUGAAGCGCCCAAUGACAUGUCUUCUUACAGUUAAUAAGAUGGUUUAUAGUAGUCAUGAUGACCCAUUUUUAGGCUAUCUGAGCACAUAUAUCGUAAAUGAGUUUGGAAUUUGA